AUGGAUUUAAUCUCCUAUAAAUCAUGGAAAGCAUUUCAGAAAUUCCUACACAAGAUACCAUUCAACAAAACCAAACAAUGGAACGUUUCAUACUACCAAAAUUUAAAGAAGGCAUUAUUGCUUCAACAAGAGAGAAAGCUAGAAAGAGACAGGCACUGUCGUAUCAAGAAAAGGAACGAACAAAGUCUUAUUCCUACAACAUCCAACCAUCUUGAAGAUACUGGAAAUAAACAAUUUGCUUCAACAUCCAAUCAUCUUGAAGAUACUGAAAAUCAAGAACAAAUAAAUAUUUCUGCACAACAAUCAUUAGUAGAAGAACAUUAUUGUGGAUUACUUAACACUAAGUGCGAUUAUUGCGAUUCUCUAAAAUUUUUAUUGGAAAAACCCACAGAUGGCAAAUUUAAGAAUUGCUGUCAUAAGGGUAAAGUUAAGAUACCAUCAAUCCGAUAUAUUCCUUUUUUACAAGACCUUUUAUCUAAUCCUAACAAUGAAUUUCAUUCAAACUUUAUGAAAUGUAUAAGAUCUUAUAAUAGUUCACUUGCGUUUGCAUCCAUGGGAGCACAGAUUUCUAAUAGUUUAAACCCAGGCCCAUAUUGUUUUAGAGUUCAUGGGCAAAUUUAUCACCGAACAUCUCAUUUAUAUCCUUCCACUGGGAUGCCUCCUAAAUUUGCACAACUAUAUGUCCUUGAGACCACCCAGGCUGUUAAUGGCAGGUUACACAUGAAAGAAAAUUCUGGUUGCAAUGAGGAUCUCUUAAAAAGAUUAGAUAUUUUAAUAAGACAGAAUAACCCAUUUUCUAUUAGUUUUAAAACCUUGGGAGAAAUUGAGAAAGAAGAAAAUAAUAGGGCUAUUCAAGAAAAUCGUCCAGUUCAAAAAAUCAAUUGA